GCGAAAGUUUUACGUGGAAAAAAAUUGUCUGAAUCAGGAUUUACAAGAUUAUAGGAUUUGCAGAAUUACGGGAAUAACAAGAGGAGAAAUUAUGUUUAAAAACCUGAGUACCGGUGCAAUCGGCAUCCGGGCAAACAUGACAGAAGGCUUAGAAUUGGCAAAAAACGCCGGUUUUGAAGGUCUCGACCUGAACAUCGAUGACGCCAGUCAACUCGCACAAGAACACUCUGUUCAACACGUCAAAGACCUCUGGACAGAAGCCGGUAUUGCUAUGGGGGGUUGGGGGUUCGGUGUAAAUUGGCGCGGUCCCGAUGCUGACUAUUACGCCGGUUUAGCGCAGCUACCCGAACGCGCAGCACUCGCCGCUGAACUCGGUUGCUUCCGAUCAACCACCGUUGUCGGACCUGCUUCAAACGACAUGACUUUUCAA